CCGGACAGCGGGCAUCGGGUCACCAGGCAUCAGGUCAUUUGGCUCGACCGUGGGCACCGCGUCAUCUGGCAAGGCAGUGGGCUCCGAGUCAACUGGUAUGACCGGGCACUGGGUCAGACAUUGGAUCGUCUGACUGGACAGCGGGCAUCGGGUCACCAGGCAUCAAGUCAUUUGGCUCGACAGCGAGCACCGCGUCAUCUGGCAAGGCAGUGGGCUCCGAGUCAACUGGCAUGACCGCGGGCACUGGGGCAGACAUUGAAUCGUCUGGCUGGACAGCGGGCAUCGGGUCACCAGGCAUCAGGUCAUUUGGCUCGACAGCGGGCACCGCGUCAUCUGGCAAGGCAGUGGUCUUCGAGUCAACAGGCCCGACAGUGGGCACGGGUCAUCAGGUACCGGAUUGUCUGGCUCGACAGCGGGCAUCGGGUCAUCAGGCAUCAGGUCAUUUGGCUUGCCAGCGGGCACCGCGUCAUCUGGCAAGGCAGUGGGCACCAAGUCACCAGGUACGACAGCGGGGCUCUGAGUCAAUUGGCACGACAGCGGGCACCGGAUCAGGUACCGGAUCAUCUGGAUCAACAGCGGGCAUCGAGUCAACUGGCCUAAUAGGAUCAGAGGCAUCAGGCUGAGUACAGGCAUCAGGCCGAGUAGAGGCUUCAGGCUGAGUAGAGGCAU